AUGGUUGGAUCUGGAAGUUCUGAGGUGAGAACUCCGAUCUUCUCCGGUGAGAACUACGAGUUCUGGAGAAUCAAGAUGGUGACGAUUUUCAAAUCUCAUGGGUUAUGGAAAUUUGUAGAAAAAGGUGUUACGGUUUCAAAUUCAAAGAAGGAAAAGACUGAAGGAAGCUUAGGAGAAGAAGACGAUAAGAAAACUGUUGCUACAUAUAUGCAGGAUGCAAAAGCUCUGGGUAUUAUUCAGAACGCAGUCUCAGAUCAGAUAUUCCUUCGGAUAGCUAAUUCAGAUUCUGCGAAGGUGGCAUGUGAUCUGUUAUAUGGCGAGUACCAUGGUGGUGAUCAGGUAAGAUCUGUGAAACUACAAAAUCUGAAACGUGAAUUUGAGUAUGCUAGGAUGCGGGAUGAUGAAAGUAUGUCUAGGUAUAAGGGGAAGCCUAAAUGUUAUAAUUGUGAUAAGUUUGGACAUUGGGCCAGGGAAUGCAUAGUAGGCAACGUCAUUCAAAAGGCAAACUGUGCCAAUCAAACAGAAGUCACUGGAAAUCUGUUUUAUGCCAACAGUGCAAUUUCUGAAAACAAAAUGAAUGGAAACUGGUAUAUUGAUAGUAGGUGCAGCAGUCAUAUGACAGGGAAUGCAGAUCUUCUUGUCAAUAUAAGAACUAAUGUUGCUGGAAAGGUUCAAAUGCCCACUAGUGAAUUGGUAAAUGUUAUAGGAAUGGGUUCUUUGGAAAUUGAUACAAAUAAAGGAAAGAAGUACAUCAGGGAAGUCAUGUAUUUGCCCGGGUUGAAAGAAAACUUACUAAGUGUGGGGCAAAUGGAUGAGCAUGGAUACUACCUAUUAUUUGGAGGAAACAUGUGCAGUGUGUAUGAUGGACCUUCACUGGAGAAUCUUGUCAUCAAAGUAAGGAAGAAGGAAAAUAGGUGUUAUCCUCUCUCCCUAUUGAAAAAUACUCAGCUUGCUCUGAAUGCUAGUAUUGGUCCAGAUUCUACCUAG